AUGACUGUGGGAGAAUAUGCAGCUAAGUUCCAGGAGCUGAUGAAGCACUGGCCUCAUUAUCAGCAUGGUGUUGGAGAGGAGGAUCUGUGUGCUCAGUUUGAGCAUGGAUUGAGGCUGGACAUCCGAGCUGUGGUCAGUGUGUUUCAGCUGACAGACUUGCCCACCCUGGUGAGCAAGAGCAGAAUUUUUGAAGCUAACUCAAGAGGGAAGACGGUGGACACUAGGGGAGUCAGCCCAGUGAGACAAGAUAGAAGAACCCCUAGGUUCUCAAGGGGACCGUAUUCAGUUUCAAACAGCUCUAAGUCUCAAGGAAGUUCAUCUCAAGAGAAGAGCAGUGAGAGUGGUUCAGGAUCAAGCUCUUUCAGAGGGCCGCUUAAGUGCUUCAGGUGUGGAGGGCCACACAUGGUGAGGGACUGCAGGAAGUCGGGGCACACUGCUGAUGUGUGUUGGGCCGCCAAGAGGAGUGGCAGUACUAGUACAGCUCAAAGGCCUGAGUCAAGAGGGAGCACGGGGCUGAAGUCGAGCAUCCCCAGGAGAGUCUUUGCUAUGAGUGGGGCAGAGGCUUCACAGUCAAAGGGACUGAUUCAAGGUAAAUGUGUAAUUAAAAGUAGAUUACUUGAUAUGUUGUUUGACUCAAGUGCUAUGCACUCUUUUGUGUCUGUGGCCCGUGUGAGAAGUUUGAAUCUGUAUGUAGCUAAAUUGCCAUGUAAUGUGGUGGUGACUACCCCUACGGGUAAGCCGGUUGUGACGUCAUAG